AUGCCAGUUGAAUUACAAACAUCAUCAAUGCAGAAUAAACUUCCAUUACAAGGUGUGGUCAUUUUUGUAUCUCAACAGCUAGUCACAAAUAGAAUGGCAUUACAUGAACAAUGUACAGAACUCGGUGGAAAAUUUGUUUGGAUGUUCGAUGUACCUUUUACACAUUAUAUUUGCAAAGGAAAAUUGACAUGGCUCAAAGCUUGCCAGACGUUUGGACAACGUGUAGCUGAAAAGUUAUAUGCUUCUACCUAUAAUCCAAAUAAAUCAUUGAAUUUUAUUUCCGCUGGCGAUGAAGAUGACGACGAUGACGACGAAGAGAAUAAUGUACCUUCAUUAACAACAAAAGCAACCACAGUAAGGCCAAUGAAGGCCCUCAAACCUGUUCAAACACUUCGCAGUCUACCGACUAUGAAUAAAAAACAAACUCAUCAUCUUGCCACACAUGUUGCGGAAUCUCAAGUAUCGUCACCAAAAGUGAUACCAACAUCGAUGCCACCACCACCAUCAUCAUCAUUAUCACAAAAUACAAGUGAAGCCGAAACAAUGCUUAAUGAUCUCGAGUCGUCAUUAGCACAAUUUCUCAACAACAACACAUCCAUAUCACGUGCAUCAAUAGUCGACGAUGAACAAACUAAGAAAUCACUUCCAGUUAUUCGAUCGAUAAGUAAUAUGAAGAAUGAUCAUAAUAAUAAUAUUGAUACAGAUAUCGAACCAUCGAUGCGUGUCGAAUGGCUCGAUGAUGCAAUGCAAGCUGAACGUCAGAAGAUGAUUGACGAAGAUGAACACAAUGCUAGCAGUCAACAGAAACAACUACGAAGUGGUGAAGCAAAGACCGGGAAGAAGCGGCCAUUAAUCGACUCCAAUUUUGAUCAAUCUUUCAAUGCCAAAAAAUGUCGAACUUAA